UCGACGUCUCAAGUCGGGACCUCUGCAUAGUGCGCCCACACAGCCAGCCCGCAAAGACGAAACACAGUGCACGCCAGUUGGCCAGACGGAAACGCUCCAGCAGGGCCCCAAGAGGCAGCACGAUGCUCAGCUGACAGUUGGAUGUGUGGUGUUUUCCGUCUGUGUACAUGAUGUCUCUUCUGCUUGCUUGGCUGACUGCGGCUAUCGCGGGGCUUGUAAGCGAACACUGGACCCUCGAAAAAUCCUUCGUGCACGGUUCGAGCUUCCUACAGGGAUCCACGGCCAUCUCUCUGUUUGUCGUGACCUCCAAGAUAUUGGUCAACUGUAACUGGUGCCGGCCAUGCCGACAUGCUGUCCAACCGUUUGCUGUCCAUCGUGUCCACGGCUCGAGUUGCAUAGAUGUCCAUUCAUCCCUACCAUAACGUGCUGCAGCUGGAUGCACAUGCAAACCCAACACAGGACCACCAACGGACCGAACAGAUUCCCAUAUCCCUCCCCCCACUUGCCUCUUUGGACACCAACCUACUGUACAUUCCUGCCCCGCAACACCAAUCUUCAACAUCGUGGGAUUUGUCAAAACCUCGCUGUUACGCACGCACCUCUCCGCUCUCCGUCGACGCCGGUCUUGUGACGGCCAACAGGAUCAGCCUAACCCCGUGUGUAUCUAUGCAUCGUGAACGCUCCUACUGCGCACGUUUUCCCGCGGCUGGCAAUGUCAGCGAAUUUUCCUUGUGAGUGGCCGUGCAAAUCAUUCAACUGAUGGACUGAUAUGCCGUCGAGGCAUGCAUCGGCUUUGGGCUGCCCAGCGUCGUGUCUCACCGCCAGAUGGACUUGCAGUUGCGUUUUGCCUUGGAAGCAAGCGCUCGCUGCUCGACAAUCGAGGCGAACCGCCUCACCCAGCGGCCCGUGCGCCGCCAUCUCACCAGCCAGCGAGAGCGAAUUGCCCAUCCAAGCUUUGUCCCGCUCCAAUGGCAGCCCAAGCGAGCACGAGUUGGACCCCUUGCCCAUCUUCGCCGCCCAUGCCACCUCCGAUCGCCAAACUCCUCUCCGAAAACGUCCCUCGACUGCCAGGUCCCUGCAUCCACUCGCCCAUCCAAUCCUCGCAUCCUUUCCCUAUUUUCUUUGCGUCACAAGGGAAUCCUUUGCAACUGCCAUUGCUCUGCUCGUUUUUGAUUGCCAACUCCGACCUCUGGAGAUUGCUUUUGCCGCUCAACCGCUACAGGAUCAAUAACAUGCCGGCCGACUCCCAUAUCAGAUGCAUCACAGCCCUACUGCCCCAUUAG